AUGUUUCGAUUUGCAUUUCUUCCAUUGCGUGCUCUUUCUGUCUUCUAUCUUUCCCUGUCCGCUGCUGUCAGUGCUGCUCAGGAGACGGUAUUGUCAGACGGAACUCCGACUAGGAGGGGAUACACCAAGGGUGAACUGAUCCCUGUUAGCUGCCUCAACAGGACUAUUGAUACCGGCGAACAUAUCACCGACACCCAUGGAAACCUCCAAUACAUCCCAUUCCCAACCUGCAAUGAAACCAACCAACCAUUGUCCUUCCUCUACAACACGCCUCAAACACAAACGUGUACUAUCGACUCCUUGCCCGACGAACUCUACCAUCUAUUCGAGUUCUUUGUCCACAGCGAUGUGCCCCUGACAUGUCGAGUACCCUCAUACCCUUUAUCUCAAAGUGAACUUGGGGUAGCGUCAUCCUUGCCUAGUGUUGGUGGUACAGGGGCUGAAAAAGACCAAUGGACACCCUUCACAAUCGCAUUGCAAGGGACUCUCCAACUAUCCCAUCUCCACCUGCAUACCAACAUCAAUGUGCUCUUCCAUAUUUCUCCAGAGUCCGACAUUCCCGGAGAAACAAGCCAGUCCCAUCUCAUUGCGUCGACGGCCUAUUCGUUGCCCAACACAUCCUCGAGCACACCGCUCGAAGGUCCGAAAAUUGUUCGCAAUGAACCAGUGGUUCUGACAUUCAAUGUUGGAUGGAUCGACGGAGCUGUUCUACCCGGUAUGGUGGGACGGCCAGUCCUAGGAAUCAGAGAUCACAGCGUUGGUUUCUCCCUUCUAAGUUUCUUCGCCAUUGCUGCCAGCGCGGGGGUUGGCGCGAUGGCUAUGCUCGUUUAUGAGCGGCGCAAGAGCGGGAGGAGUGGCGUUUAUGGGAACGGCAUCCUAGGUGGAAAUGUUGGCAACAACGUAGCGAGGACUUCAGGUUAUGGUGGCUAUGGUGGCUAUGGCGGGUAUAGCGGCACCAGCGCUGGUAAAAGAGACUGA